AUGAAGCUUCUUAACUGCUCCACCCUUCGCAUCGAGGAUAUGCAUCCGGCAAGAAAGCAGAAACUCGAAGAGCAGGGGGUUUCAACAGCCUACGCUAUCCUUUCUCAUAGAUGGGAGAGCGAUGAGGAUGAGGUCACCUUCGAAGACAUAGCCAGUGCCGACAUGAGGACCAAAAACUUGCUUGGAUGGUCGAAGAUCGAGAAAACUUGCACCGAGGCACUCAGGAUCGGGAUCGCAUACGCUUGGAUAGACACUUGCUGUGUCGAUAAGCGAAACCUCACCGAGCUUACUGAAGCCAUCAACUCAAUGUUCAAGUGGUAUGCAGAGGCGGAAAUUUGCUUCGCGUACCUCUCGGAUGUCGAUUCAGGGGGCGAUUUAACGAAAUCCGUGUGGUUCACGAGAGGUUGGAUCCUGCAGGAGCUCAUCGCUCCGGGCAGAAUGGAAUUUUACGACAAGCAUUGGAGUACGAUUGGUAGCCGAGUAGACCUUUCACAACAAAUACAACUACGAACAUCCAUCAACGCUGAAAUCUUGAGACAUGACUCAUCAACACGCCGAAGCAUUCAAAGCCUUCUGGCUGGUAUUCCGGUCGGCCGGCGCAUGUCCUGGGCCGCCGAUCGUCGAGCAAAGAAAGAGGAAGACCGUGCCUAUUCACUCUUGGGUAUCUUUGGCGUCAGUAUGCCUUUGCUCUACGGGGAAGGCGACCGAGGCUUCCUCCGAUUACAGGAAGAAAUCAUCAAGGAGACCAACGACAUGUCACUGUUCGCUUGGUGCGACUCCACCGUCACUUCUCCAGAUGGCUCGGCAGAGUUUCGCGGCAUCCUCACCACUACUCCGGAUCAUCUCCGCGAUUGUCGCGAUCUAACAUCCCUAAGCGAUCUAAGACGUGGCCCAGAGUUUUCCAUGACGAACAUGGGUCGGCCACUCGAAAAGAAGAUUCUUUUCAUCUCUAAGCAGUUUACUGCAGAUUUGUUGGAGGAAACUGUGCGGAUUCCGGGCCGGGACUUCAGGUUUUCCUUCGACACCGAGAAACCGAAGUUGAUAGUGCGCGUCAUCUCUCAAGCAGCCAGCAGAGCCUACUGGGACCCUGAUACAUACAGAUUUGUGAGUCGACGCCUAUGGGAGUUCGAAGGGUCAGAAGGUCGUAGUCGUCUGCGGAUUCGACACACACAACGUGGCGGACGAGACUGGAUGGUAUUCCAGUCACAAGACCUCAUUUCUUUAGUACCAGCCAAGGAUUCGGAUGCCACACGAAGUGACCCAGGGCGCAUGUGA